AAUCCCUUAAAGCAAAUACUAUGAAAAUUAAAGUUCAAAGCGCUUCGUCCUUACAAAAGGGUAUUUUGUUCUUUAGCUGUGAUUUACAACACAAAGGUGUUGAAAUUAUCUAAGUGAGGACUCACUCAUUUCCUUUCCAAGGAACAGUCCCGAAACCUAACCUAACUUAUCGAUCGCUUCAAUUAUGAAUCAUUUUACAACUAAAAGUGUCAAAACGAACUUUAGUUAGUUUCCCCUUACAACUUAAUGUUUGUACUCGACUAGGUAUGUUCGCCUUUGUUUUUGAAUCCAACUUCGCUAGAAAUACACUUUAAUCGGAGCUGCCAUCACAUCAACACCAACAGCUUUAGUUCAACAUGCGUUAACAUCAUACAUCAACGUUUCGAUAUCUGUCAUUACAACCAUACAAAAAUAUAAACAUACUGCCACUACCACUGCCACUCCGCUGUGGUGCGCCCGGUAGCUUAAAGAUUUUAUCAACUACCGUUUUAGACGUCAAUUGACGUAUCUUCGCACGCACAUCUACUUAGCUGCCAGCGUUGAGAAGCUGACCGAUGCCACUGCUGAAAGCGCCGACAGGUAGCAGGUGGGCGGUGGAGGUGUCGGUGUCGGAUGUGCGCGCGAAAAAAGCUGCGGCAAUUUAAUAAGAGAAUUAACUGCGGAUGAACAACAAAAGGUUCGGUGAAGUACUUGAACAAUCGGUUUCGUUAGUUGUGAGCCAACUUUAAGAGUGAACGGCAAAUAAUCGUGUUGUAAAAACCCAGAUUUUUUAACUUUACUCUAGACUGAACAGAAUUUGAUUGUAAAGUACACGGAAAUUGACUUAUGAUUGGAUAAAUUCCGCACAAUGAGUGGGCAACUUUCAUCAUCGGGAACUUCAACGAUCUGUUUAUUAUUAUUGUUGCUUGCUAUCGUGUUCUUGCCGCAAAAUGUCAAAGCACAAGCGAAUAAGGUUUCGCCGAAAUUGGAUUUUGACGAAGCGGAAAAUAAAAACAGCUCAGAUGUGCCCAUAGUGCCAGGCACGGGACAAGGCGGUAGGGUGGAUGGUAAUCAAAAUAGAAGUGGCAAAGAAGACGGAGCUAACGGUAGGGACAGUGAUGCAACAACCAACACCAACAGUGGAGGCGGCGGUAAAUCCGGACCUAAAAUCCAUGGUGUGCGAGUGACUGUCGACACAGGUGACACUCGAAAAUCAAAGGAGAACACAGAGAGCGUGGAAAUAACUGAUGUGGGAAAGCACAAAAAGCGGGUUGGCAUACAUACGGAUAUAACAUUUGAAAUAUCGACAGACGGAGAUAGUGAUGGCAAUGCGACUAGUGCAGCACAAGAUGGCGCUAAAGAGGAUGCUAGUGUGCCCAUUUUUAAAGGACGAAGUCGUCCUACGCAAAAGUCCCGAAAGCCAUACGAUCCCAAAAACCAGUGGAAUCCCAAUUUCUCUUCGGAGCGACGUAGCUACGAAGGCGGUAGUCACGCGUCCGGUCCAGCUUACUACCAUCCACAAUACUAUCCAAAUAAUGUGCCCGUCUAUGUAGCAACAGGCGAUGGACGUGGGAGCAGUGUUGGUACGGUCUAUAGGUCUAGAGGAGAUGGUUGGAAUAGUUAUGUGCCCUCUUCUAGUAUAUGGACGACUGAGCGUAGUUACAGUGAGCAAUAUAGACCCAAUACAGUAGCUGGUCAUAGGACACCUAGUUGGAAACCAUGCUACUGCAUGACCUCCGCUGUCGAUAAUAGAAGGCGGCGUGAAAACACGCAUGUUAUGAAGGAAGUUCUUCAACCUACAAGCCCAGCUCUUAAAGUGAUAGAUGCGAAAUUGGAGAAACCCUUUUCAAGCAGUUAAUUGCAUUAGUUUCGUAAUACAUAUGUAUGUAUGUAAGAUAAAAGUUUAUGUAUAAUUUAAAUAAAAAUUUUUUGUUUAUUUCCGAAAGUGAGUUUUUUUAUGUUUACAUCGAAAUAAAAAACGCAUAUUAGCUUAGCGUUAAAGAACACAUUAAAGUAUGCUAACUGUACAACUGUGAUGAUAUUUAUGUGUGAAGACUGUAGCUGCUGACUUUGCCAUUGUCAUCGAGUGUAGUGGUAGCUGCCUUGUAGCCGACGCGCUUGCCGUUUAUGUCGUAGUUCUCGCUUUCGCCAGUCGAUAGCUCUUUGAAAUUUUUCACUUGACCAUCGGGACCAAA